UGUAGUUAUUGCUUCUAAAUGCAAUUGCUUCUUCAUAUUUACAGCUUUCGUACUGAUUGGUUGAUCGAGAGACAGGGAAAAUGGGCCGAGCCUGAUUAUCCAGGAGUGGCUUAUCCGACAUUUGCCUGCGGUGCGGGCAGCAUUAUAUCUUCGGAUAUUGUUCACUGGCUGGCAAAAAACGAGAAAUCUCUAAAACGUUAUCAGGGGGAGGAUGUCUCUAUGGGUAUUUGGUUAUCAGCUAUUGCUCCUGAAAUUUAUAAGGAUGAGCGAUGGUCGUGUUUCGGGGAUUGUCAGAUGGAAAUGUUUACCUUGCCCGAGCAGGAUGCCGAUUCUCUUCUCUAUUUAUGGGAAAACUUUAUGUCCUGCGGUAAUCCUUGCAAAUGUUGAGGAGUUAAUCUUUAUGUGGAAACAUCUUCAUGGUAGUCAAGUUGUACCACAGUUCAUUGUCAAAUCUCAUCUUUCCUGAAACAGGAUCCAUAAAUAUUCUCUUCAGUAGAACACACGGCCAUAUUCCUCCAAGAAUCUUUUCAAUAUCACGAGGAUUCAACAGAAACGUUUGACAUGACCGUUAAAGUUUCUUCAUCGGAAACGCUACUACCGUUUGGUAGGGCGAUAAAACGAUCAGCGUUUUUAAUAUCUUCUAUUAAACUUCCACCUCUUUCCUCGCGUGUGAACACGCUACCGUUGCUUGUCAAGCUGUCGGCAACGUUCGACACCUUUUGACCAAUUUUAUCGGGAGAUUCCGACUCUCGACCCUGAGCGCUCUCCGUCUCGCUGUUGAAUCUGGAAUGACGAGUCUCGCUACUCGUGGAAAUGUAGCUGUUUUCUUGUGGACUUCCUUGUUGUCGUCUCUGCUCUCGUUGUUGUUUGUAUUCACAUGCUGCAAGUUUCGCAGUCAAAUCACGUAUUUCCUCCUGUGAAAAGUGUAAGGAUAAUGAUUUUAAUAUAGGAAUGUCAUUAAUUGAACAUCAAA